AUGUCGAUUACUACUGAUUUCUGGACCAAUCGACAAAUGCGAUGUUUCUUGGCGAUCACGGGUCAUUACUAUGAAAAGGAUGGUUUCAACUUGAAAUCUCAUGUUUUGAACUUUUCCACGUUUGGCCAACAGCAUAAAGCUUGCGAUAUUUCCAAAAUAUUGCUAGAAAAGCUGAUAGAAUUGAAUAUCUUGGAGAAGGUAACAAACGUUACUUGUGAUGGUGCACGAAAUAUUGUACCAGCCAUCAAAGACAUGGAUUCGAAUGUGAAGCGUCUAUGGUGUCUUGCACAUCGUCUUCAUCUGAUGAUUACCAAUGCUUUUGGCUUCUGA